GUAAGGAACACUGCAUUUUUAUUUUAUUUGCAUUUUCCACAAUGUUCUAACUUUUUCUGAUUUGAGGUUGUAGUUUUCGGCACCACAAGUCCACACAUAUACAGGAAAUGAAUAUUAAAGGCUAAAAGCUUAGGCGCCACUGAGUUUUUAGCCUUUAGACAUCAGCAGCACACUGGGAAGUGAUACUGCGGCUCGUUUGUGGAAGUUCUUAAAGAGGAAACACACACCAGCUGUGAGAUGGUUGUACUACAGUGAUCAGUAGAAACUCAAAAAAGCUUGCCUCAGAACAGCAAAACGUUCAUGCAGUCACGUAUGAUGUCACUGAUUUGGGCAGGAUGUGUUUCUAUACUGAUCGGAUGGGUUCUUACACAGGAUCAACCCCACUGGCCUACGGCUGAGACAAGUCUCCCUUGUAACUGGACAUGCAUGCUUCUGACACUUCAGUGGCCAGGGAGCUUCUGCCUGGGCAUUGACAACAAAAAUAUUUGCAGGAUACCACAGAACAUUGAUUACUGGACCAUUCAUGGACUGUGGCCUUUGCAUGCGCGCAACUGUUGUAGAUGCUGGCCCAUAUUUCACUCUCAUCUUCAGGAAUUAGAACCUGAAAUCUCUCAGCUUUGGCCAUCACUUAUAAAGUCAAGGAGCUACUUUGCGUUCUGGAAGGACGAAUGGUUCAAACAUGGAACGUGUGCAGCCUGCGUGGAGAACAUGGGCUCUGCACCUCACUAUUUCAGGACUGCCCUCAAACUUCGAAUGCUCUUCGAAUUUGACAGCCUUCUAGCAAUUGCGGGCAUCAAGCCAUCCUGCAACGUCUCAUAUAAGUAUGAUGAAGUGCAUGAUGCGUUGGGGCCGCUGCUCGGAGACAACUACGUCUUGCAGUGCAUCACGGACGUGAAGGAAAGAGAGGCCUGGGUGCAGUUGAAGAUCUUUGUCUCCAAGAAUGUGACUCUUGGAUGCAAGAAAGAGGAGAUGAUGCAGACGUUCAAGAGCAGCAACACCACCACCGGACAUCCGUGUCCUAAGAACGCCACCAUCUUUUACUUCCCAAUCAACUAUGAGCAUCCCAAAGAGCCCUGCUCCUGAUCACAGCAUGGGUCAGUGCUCUAAUAGGUAGCAGCUUAAAAAGACUUUAUAAUUAUUAUUCUAUAAUCAGACUACUUUAAAUUUUGUAGAAUAUGAUAUCGGGGGCAGGAAUAAAAAGACAACAAGAAAUCAUAA